GAGCUGCCCCUCACUAGGUCAGAUCUGCCGUAGCCACUGCCAAGGCCACACGUGCUCCACAUCACUGGCAGCCAGCACCCAAGGCCACGGAACCUCUUCUGUGACUGUGAUUCUUGCUGACGGAGCAGAUAGGAUACUGACGUUCAUCCGAGUUAAAACGCUGGGCAAUUUGUGUCCCUCUAUGUGUUAAUAUGUAAUGCAAACUUUAGUGGCUGACUUACAGUACUAACUCUAAACAUUAGAAAUGUGGCUGUUAAAGCAAGUAGUGACUCUUGUGGUGGUGAUUGGUGUCGGAUCGUCAACACUCAAUUCUCCGUCUACGACUACAUCCUCUACGACAAAAUCCCCUGCUGCCCUACACUCCUCUACGACCAUAUCCUCUUCAACGACUAUAAGUUCUCCUAUGACCACAGCCUCAUCGACAUCUACGACGACAUCUUCCACGACUAGUGAUGCGGUUACUACAAAGAGUUCCUUCAAAAACAUCACCGAAAGGACAACUACCGUAUCUUCGGCUUCGUCGUCCUCUACGCCGGAGUCUCACGUCGAGAAUGUAACAAUACUUGAGGAACCUGAAAAAACAUUGUUAUCCAGCGCUUCUAUAAGAGAUGUGGAGACUGUUGCUAUUGUACAAGAAGUUGGAGACGACUGGUCCGACGAUGUUUCUCUCUCUUCUGAAACAGAGGAGACAGGGGAAGACUAUGAUGACGAGCACUCAGAGUACUAUAACGAUGAAUACUUGGAAAACCCGACCGAAUAUGACCACGAUAUGUAUUCACAGGAGGAUGAAGACUAUACAUUGUUCUCUCAGAAUGACACACAAGUUCCCACGCAAGCAGAGUUCGAAGACAAUGUUCCGAAACCUCUUCACUACGAGAAAGACGUUGUCAUUAACAAAGACAACUUGUUCCCCAUCCUGAGAGCAAUAGUACAAGCUUACACCCACAAGGAGAAUCCAACAUACAAAGAUCUCAUGAAAGCAGGUGGAAUAACCGCCUUCAAAACCAGCUUCAAGUAUCUAGGCAAAGAGAAAAUGGGCUCAGAUCUCCUCUUUCUCGCCAAGAAACUGACGAACGUCUUUGCUGACGACGAUAUGAGCGAGGACGAGUCCACUAAAAUUCUCAGUGAGCUAGCGGAAGACUACCUCUCAAACCACCGCUUUAAGCUAGUGCUACCGGAGAGUUUAAUCCUGCAUGAUAGGGAGAUGCAGGAGUUCAUGGCUCAAAAAUCCCUAUCCGAACUUCAAGGUCGCUCUGCCACCUCUGAGAGUGAGCUGAGUGUUCCCAUGGCGCGUGCUGACCCCGCUGUCACCUCUGUAAUAUCAUUUGGUCCAAUGUCCUGGCUGGCUCUCUUGGGUGGACUUAUAUCCAUCCCUUACUUCUUAUCGGGAAGUUCAGAGACCGCGCGAGUGGACACUCCUGCUGUGGGCCCUCCAGGUAACUUGAGGCCACCUAAUUUGCAGUUUCUCCGUAAUCAGCAGCUCAGGAGAGGUGAAAAAGAGAACCCGCCACAAAACCAACUCCUUGACCAGGAAAUAGAAUACCAGAAGAAUUAUGCCCAGUGGUAUCACCAGUGGUACAUUAGAUACAAGGAUUAUUACGAUAAAUAUUACCCCUACCAACCUCAAUCUCGAAUACAAGGAACUUCCCAGCAACGUGAUCGCGCCACCACUUUCCUUCAGCCGCCGCCUCCUCUACAAGCUCAGGCCUCCACAGUCAACGGCAAUGGUCCUUCCUUGAACACGAUACAACGGCAACAAAAGCGUCAGAGACAACAAAUACAAAAGCCUCUACAACCGCAACAGAAACUUCGACCGCCACAACAAACCACUAAUCCUAAGCAACAUCUACUAAAACGCCCUAGAAUUCCAUCAUCUCUCCCCUCUCAACCACUUCCUCCAAUAAGCCCAGUGAGCGUUCAAGCGGACGGGGCUCGCCAUUCAGCAAGCAAUGGUUUUAGCUCCACAGGCGAGAAGUCGGAGACAUUUGGAACAUUUCAAAAUGAAGGUAACCGAGGAGGCACACACUUUAAGGUCUUCAACGGAAUAGAAGGCGUAGCUUCAGCUACACUGAGUCCAUUGUCAAAUGCACCAAGUCCCCAGCCAGUGUAUAUUCACACGACGCCAAGUACACUUCCCAAUACUGAGAGAGGUUUCAAGCCCAUCAUUAAAUCAGAAGACAACAAUACGAAUAGACAAACGGCGAGUGAGUCUGCACCGAAAGAAACCAGACUCACCUUCAGACCACCUAAACAAGAAACAAUAUUCCCAAAGAACAAAGCGACGCCUCUUCCCAAAACUAAGCCUGAAGCUGCACCUUCACCCCAGACAAUCUCAGGAGGUUUCAAACCCAUUAAUCUCCCCGCUGAAGCAUCCAUAAUCAAGACUGAGCCAGAGACCACAACACGCAAAAUUUCUCCAGUGACUUCUAGUGUCUUUAAUACGAGUCAACCCCCCACUCUGAGACCCAACACCACGCCACAGCAGGUCUUCUUCAAGACGGCCACAGCAAAGUCCUACGUUGUCACUCGACUCCAUUGUCAUGGUCCUUCACUCCGGAGUGAAGCGUCCCCCACGACACCAGAAUCCAUCACAGCGCGACUUGGCAAACUUAGAAAAAUCUCUAUAGAUGCAAACUUCAUUCAAAAUCAUUUACUUUACAUAAGAAAAUGUAGAUAUAGGUCUAAAAUUUUCAUUAGACACUUGAUUCUUGCUCUGAGGAAGGUUGGGAGGGGAGAGGCCAUUACUCAAAUCGCACUUGAUAUUUUUCGCAUUUUCACUCUUAAAAAUGUAUAUAUGACAGCAGCAGCCGGAGAAGCCCCAGGCACUGGCCCGCCUAGCAUCGCAGCCGGUGGGUCCACAGUGGUGAGCCCACAACAGCUUGAAUCCCGUAACACAGGCUUCGUGCUGACCAACAUACCCACCUCCAUCAGAGUUGUGGACCACCGCCCCCCACAGGGCUUCCCUCACGUAUCCACAACAUCUGUACCAAGAACCACUAAGGCUACUACAGACAUUCCAGUGUACGCUCUUGAUCCAUUCUACGGCUCGAGGCUCUCACGGAUCGACAUCAUCUUCAAGCAGUUAAAUCUCGAAGAGGAAGGUUGCAGAGAACAGGUAUACGACUUUGUGGCUUAUAUGCUAUAGACUAGAACUCUCUCUCUCACACACACA